CUGGGGCCGGGAGGAGGAGGAGGCGGCGAGGAGGUGGAGGAGGAGGAGGGCGGCGGCGGCAAGGCGCCACCAUGUGCGAGGGGUUCCGCGGGCACCUCCCGGCCCUGCUGCUGCUGCUGCUGGUGGUGGUGCUGGUGCUGCCCAUCCCCGCGGCGGCCGGUGCUGAGGCCACGCACCCUCCGGAGGGGCCGCCCGACAGGACCCCGCCGCAGAAGGGGCGGCUGUCCCUGCAGAACACAGCUGAAAUCCAGCACUGCCUGGUUAAUGCUGGCGAUGUGGGAUGCGGAGUGUUUGAAUGCUUUGAAAACAAUUCUUGCGAGAUCCGAGGCUUACAUGAGAUCUGCAUGACUUUCCUGCACAACGCUGGAAAAUUUGAUGCCCAGGGAAAAUCCUUCAUUAAAGAUGCUCUGAAGUGUAAGGCUCAUGCCUUGAGGCAUAAAUUCAGCUGCAUCAGCCGUAAGUGCCCAGCCAUUAAAGAGAUGGUGUUCCAGUUACAGCGGGAGUGCUACCUGAAGCAUGACCUCUGCUCCGCUGCCAAGGAGAACGUCCAGGUCAUUGUGGAGAUGAUUCACUUCAAAGACCUGCUGCAGCAUGAGCCGUAUGUUGACCUAGUGAAUAUCCUGCUCACCUGUGGCGAGGAGGUGAAAAAGGCAAUAACAAGAAGCGUCCAGGCCCAAUGCGAACAGAACUGGGGGAGUCUCUGCUCCAUCCUGAGCUUCUGCACCUCAGCUGUGCACGGUGACGCCAUCCUGAGUCCCGAGAAGAAGCUGGUUGAAGCUGGCAAAGCCACUGCUGGCCGUGGGGACAUCCUGGCCCACUCCGAGUCUGACGCCAGGGAGAGCUCGCGAGCGUCCAAGGGAGAGAGAGGUACCAAGGGCCACCUGAACGCCCAUGCACGGGUGAAAGCUGGGGCCCACGGUCCCAAAGGGGCACAUGGGAUCAUGGACCGGGCAGAUGAACUGUCCGACUUCUCGGACAUCCGGAGGUGAAAAAAGGCACCAAGCCCCCCGUUACCCCCACCCUCCCCCUCCGCUGGAAGCUUCCUCCGUUGAGUCCAUUUUCCCGUCUAUGGACAUUCCAAAGCAUUUCCCAUUCAGAGGUCAAGCACAGGGCAUUGCAAGAUACAUGGACCUCAGCACCAGUGUAUAUAGUAGCAAAGGGAGAGCAGUGGCAAUGGGUUAUUGAUCCAGCAAACUCGACACUUGAGCAGCUGCUAAAUGUGGCAAAAUGUCUCCGACUAAAUUCUUUUCCCCUCUGUUUAUUAAUGAAACGGACAUUGGCUGAAAUUUAGGGUCUUGUUCUGGGGUCAUUGGGUUGUUUUGGGGGCUUGUUUGUUUACCUUGGUUCCUCAGCUGGGGAGAAGGUUACAAGGGCUCUGGCAGAUUGCAUGCGGCCGCUUGUGGCUUAGCACCUCUGAAGGUUUAGGGUGCAGUCUUACAACAGAUGGCUGAAUUCCAGAGGGAUUUGGUUUCUGCCUGUGGCUGACAAGGCAGGGGCUGGAGGCUCUCUGUGACACACUGGAAUUAAAUAGCUGUCCUGUCUCUCAUACAGGGACCAUGUAGUCUGGAGCUCCACCGUUGUCUGCUGAGUAACUUCUGAGCCAUUGUUCCCAUCUGGGCGACACUACCUAGUUCAAGUGCCCCUUAGUUGUUUUUUAACCACUGUGUAACUUAACACUUGCUUAUCCAGUCACUUCAGCAUAUCCAAGGCCUAGGUAAUCAGCUUCCAGACCAAGUAGUUUGACACGACUUCCCUACUUACAGAGUGCAGUAUGGAGGACCCCCAAGAGUAUGUUCCCGAACCUCUAAACCCCCUUGCAUAUUCUCUUCUUACACCUGUCCACCCAGACACAGCUCCUCCACCCUAAUGCACAAGCUUAAAAGGAUGGCUGUAGGCUCACACGAUGAAGGAUCCCAUACAUACACUAAAUUCUUCCACAGGGUUGCAUUGGAAGCCCAUUAGAAAUGUGUCUCUCCUUAGAAGUGACACGGUGUGGUUUGCUGGGAUGUGGAGCCCCGCCAGAACCUGCCUGUCAGCUCUGGUUUACCAAAAUGCCAAAGAUCUGGAGAGGGGGUUGACUUCUUUAUUCAUUGUUGUGCAGAUAAUGACCGCCGGUCUCUGCAGAAUGAGUUACUCGAGAGAGAGUGCCAAGAAUUGAUUGUCUCUAAGUAGUUUAAAGUGUGAAUGAGGUGUUGGGAUGCAUCUCUCCUACCCCCUAUGCAAUUGUAAUUCUCAGGUUGCAGCCGCGCAAUCCUAUAUCCCCAGAUAUGGUACUGGAAAUGGAGGUGACAGCACCCACGGGGACAGAAGGGUGAGCUCUUCAGCUUCCUCUGGAGAAAAAGUGAGUUUUCUUAGAAAGUGGGAAUCACACCAAAGAUCUGAGCCUUCUUAUUUAGAAAGUUUGGGAGGAAAGCUGUGGGGGCAGGAAGGCAGUUCAGCAGAGACAGAACGUACCCGGUGAACUAACGUACGUCUUGUCGCAUGGUGGGAAGGAGCUGCACAAACAGUAGAGGCUGUUGGAAUUUGGCUACGAUUUCCAACUCAGAUUUUAGCUACUGCUGAGUGAGCACAGCUCCUAAUAGCUAUAUUCAGGGUUUAAUGCACGUAUCCACGCGCAGAAUUUCUAGGCGUUACUUUUAAUAGAAGUCACGUAGGAAGCAAGAGAGAACCGCUAAGUUGAAGAGGUGUGGCUCCCUGUGAUCACCGGGUCAUUGUUUAAGGAAAUGACCUUGAUCCUUCCUGAUUUUAGCUAAGUUCUGUGAUGUUUUCAUUCAACUUAGUUGGGAAGAUGUGGGAUCAGGCCAAAUACCGUAGCUACAAAGGCCAGCGUGACCCAAGGAGCAGAGCCCAGGCUGACCUGCUGAGCUGCAGCAGGGCUGUCCCCUGGAGGGUGUCCCCGGGAUGUCACGGAGGGGCUUGCCAAGGCUAGCUCGUGCUAGCUCUGACAGCCAGCACCUCUGCUCCAAAAACCAAGUGGCUGCUGGUGGUACCAUAAGGAAGUCUCCAGUGUGCCUCCCGGAGUUUCCUGUGAGCAUCCUCUCCCCCGUGGUGGCAUAUGUCACCAUAAAGAACAAGCUCAAACCAAAAAGACAAUCCAAGCAUUUCAGCAAAAAACAAAACAAAAAAACCACAAACGCGAAAUGAAACGACUUGCUACCAACGUAAUGUUUGUGCAUCGAGCUGAAAUAAGAUCCCUCUCUCAUUAGAGGUCCGAUGCAUCUAUGGGAACCAAACAUAUAGACAGGUAUAUCCUUGAAUGUCUCAGUCAACAUAUCACCUCAGCAUGCGUACAGUUUUAUUUGUAUUCAUUUGUUUCGAGGGGGGAAAAUUGUAUAUUCCCCUUGUCUAGUCAAUGACAAUUUCUUUUGGGUGGGUGGGCAAGCUGUGGGUGGGAGGGAUUUUUUUUUAUAAGGCAUAACUUUUUUUUUCCUCUGUGUGUGAAGAUUUUAUGUGUUCAUCUACUGAUUCCACAUAUGCUAUUAUUGUAAAUAUUUAACAUUUCUAUUUAUUAUAGUGUCUCCAUUUAAAAAAAAAACACUGCUGGCUAUGAUAAUUUAAACAUACGUCAUGACCUGUGUUGUAUAUAUUCAUGCCACUAGUAUGUUUUUUAUGUUUAAAGCUGCGUAAAUAUAGUUUUAUACAGUUCCAUAAUGUUAUUGACAGCAUAAAUCAUUUAUUUAUUGUUAAACCUUCUUUCAUGUCUAACAAAUAGGGUGCGUUUUACCUGAGAGUAUUUUAUUGUGACAUCUACAUAGCCUUAAUUCUUUAUAAAGUUAAAAAAAAAAAAAAAAAGAAAAAAAAUGUCCAUUUAGAUACUGUAUGAUGCUUUAAUUAACAUUCCUUAUGAACUUGCUGUUCAUGAAGGAGGUUUAGCUUCAAAGCCAAGGUAUGAAUGUUUCCUUUACGCUUUGCAUCUGGAAUGAGCCUUGUUCUGGAAUGAAAAUACUGGGAGAAGCAAAAUGCUUACUGGAAGAAGAUACCAAUAAACCCUGGAAAAUGCUGUCCUAACUUAAAGUGCUGAACUAAAAGGAAAAAAAAAAAAAGACAAACUGUCCUUAAUUCCAAAUCUCUGGGAGAAAAACA